AUGUAUGGUUAUUUGCAAGCAACAAUGGAAUGGUAUUGGGAACACCUCAAGGCUAUCUUUCGGCGAUAUUACUAUUAUCACGGCUGCACGUCAAGGGACGGAGUGUACUGUCUUAAGGGGGAAGGCCAUGUUGUGGUACGCGGAUAUUACGUUGGGCUCACGGUGCGACUUCGGUUUAAAAAUGCACCCUCUGACCUUUCGUGGAGAACAAAGUAUAUGCUUCCCAUCAUUGCACUGCUAUACUUUACUCGACUUGAAGACGAUGGGUUGUCUUCUUGGCAACAUGGCUGGAUCCACGGCUAG